AGAAAUUCGUGUUUGCGCCCUGCAUCCAGUAUCGCUGAUCUAACGCAAGUGGUGGGUUUCGUUCAAUAUUACACCUCGAGAAAGGAUAGUGUAGCCUGGGAAAAAUGUCGUCGCGUUCGAACAAGAAGAACAAGAAUAAAUUAAUGCAGAGGCGGCCGCGGCAGGUUCUCUGCAAGGAACAGAAGUAUCAUCAAGAGAGGGACAAGUUGGACGACGAGCACGAGACAGAGCCAACGGAGAACAACACUGCCCCAUCGAUUGCAUUUCCUGUGGCAAUGUGGGAUCUGAAGCAGUGCGACCGUAAGAAGUGUUCCGGCCAAAAGUUGGUGAGACAUGGCUUGGUGAAGACACUGAGAUUAGGCGCUCGAUUCCCAGGCUUAGUACUUACUCCGGUCGGCACUAAGUGUGUGAGCCCGACGGACCGCGAGAUCGUACAGGAAUACGGUUGCGCAGUUGUGGAUUGCAGUUGGGCGCGUCUAGACGAUACUCCUUUCAACCGGAUGAAAACACCCAAUCCACGUUUACUGCCGUUCUUCGUCGCUGCCAAUCCCGUGAAUUAUGGGAAACCGUGUGAACUGAGCUGCGUCGAGGCUAUAGCGGCCGCUCUGACCAUAACUGGAUUCCGAGAUGAGGCUGCGCUGUAUCUCGGCAAGUUCUCGUGGGGCCACUCUUUUCUCGAGCUGAACAGCGAACUGUUGGAGAGUUACGCUCUCUGUAAGAACAGCGAGGAAGUGAUAGCGGCGCAAGAGAAGUUUCUAGCGGACGCAUGGCAUGAGAAACUGAAUAGGCAUACGCUUCCCGAUUUCCCACAAAGUGAUACCGAAUCCGAGGAAGAAGGGGUAAAGAAGGACGAGAGCCCAAUAUCAGAAGUGAUCAAAGAACUAGACAAUACGGAAAUAUAGCGCACACAAUAUCGAUUAUAGGCACUUGACAAGUACAUUUGUAUAUACAUGAAUACAUUGUAUAUUUAUAAAGCGAUAUUUUGUUAAACUAUCGAUUACACGACAGAUUUGUAAUAUAUUGUGAUAGCAAGCAAGGUGAGAAAAAUAA